GGCCGCUGUGCGCCGCGCGGGGCUCCGCACGCGGCCGCCACACAAAGGCAGCAGCUCCGCGCCCUCCGCUCCGCUCCGCAGGCAGGAUGCAGGUUCGGAGUCUCUUCCUCCUCCUGGUGCUGAUCCUGGUGGCUGCCACCGCCGAGGCUGGCAAAAACAAGAAAGAAAAGACAAAGAAGGAUGGCUCUAAGUGCGAGGACUGGCGCUGGGGACCCUGUGUUCCCAACAGUAAGGACUGUGGCCUGGGCUACCGCGAGGGAACUUGCAAAGGUGAGAGUAAGAAGCUCAAGUGCAAGAUCCCCUGCAACUGGAAGAAGAAAUUUGGAGCUGACUGCAAGUACAAAUUUGAGAGCUGGGGAGGCUGCAGUGCCCAGACUGGCCUGAAGACUCGCUCCGGAAUCCUGAAGAAAGCCCUGUACAAUGCCCAGUGUGAGGAGACUGUCUAUGUGACCAAGCCCUGCUCCUCCAAGAUCAAGGCGAAGUCCAAAGCAAAGAAGGGCAAGGGGAAGGACUAGAGCAGGAAACCAGCGUCCUCAUCGGCCCCUCAACAUGGUGCCUACAGGACUGGAUGUCCAGCUGUAGCUGGCCCACACUACAGUCUUCCUCCUCCUCUCCUUACUCCUUCCCAUGACCUCCUCUUUCACUGAGAUGCCUUGUUUUAAUCAUUAGUGUUGUAGAGAGCAAACCCACCCACCCUGCAGGAUAGGCUGCCUCCUUCCUUGCUGCCCCAUGGGCACUACCUAUGCAUCCUACUCACCUCCUCUGGGCUGCUGUUGGGGUACACUGGGAUGUGCUCAGAGAGCUGGGAUGGAACACACAUUUUUCCACCCUCCAGCACAAAUGAGUUGCCUUUAGCACAUACUUUUGCAAGCCCAGGAGCCUCCUUGCUCCUCCACCAGGUACCAGUGCCAGAGGGAAGGGCUGGGCGUUGAAUGCUCGAGUAACCCCAUCACUGAAGCUUCUCACUCAAGGACUGCUCUCACCUCAGGGGGUUUAUUUCAGCAUCCCUUUGGCUGCGGCAUGACUUACCCACAGCAGCUGAGGAAAACACAGCCAUCACCCUGAGAAGCAACUGUGUCUCCUCUCUUGUAACCAUGUGUGUCCAUGCUGGGGCUGCAGUCCCUCUGCCUUUGCCAUGCCAACACCAGUGCUGGGUGGGAGCUCUCCUUUUGGAAUUUUUCUUUUUCUUUUCCAAUAAAAAUCUUUUUUUAAAAAAGUAUCAGAAUUCCCCUGUUGUCCCCACAAAGUGCUGCUGUUCUGGAAACCCCAGCAAACCCCAGUUUUGCUGACCCCACUGGCGCCAGCAGUGAAGUUACCAUGCAGCUGGCCUGGGUGCCACAUGCACAUGGUCCUGGACAAAGCACCAGACCCCUCACAGCCUCUUUGUAACAACGCUUCUGGUUGCCACCCCUUACUCUUGGCAGAAGGGAUGGGCUGCAGGAAAUG